AGACGUGUGCUUUCAAUCCGCCCAAUGAGAACAGGGCGGCGUUAGGCCUUAAAAAGACAGCAUUCGCCAGUGCCGUUUAUUGUACUUUCUCCUCCGUGAAGUUCACAGCUCGACGCUAUGGCAAGAACCAAGCAGACCGCCCGUAAGUCCACUGGUGGCAAAGCGCCCAGGAAGCAGCUUGCCACUAAGGCUGCACGCAAGAGCGCCCCGGCUACCGGCGGCGUGAAGAAGCCUCACCGUUACAGGCCCGGGACCGUGGCUCUGAGGGAGAUCCGCCGUUAUCAGAAGUCUACUGAGCUGCUUAUCCGCAAGCUGCCCUUCCAGCGCCUCGUCAGAGAAAUCGCUCAAGAUUUCAAGACCGACUUGCGUUUCCAGAGUUCGGCCGUCAUGGCCUUGCAGGAGGCUAGCGAGGCAUACCUGGUCGGUCUGUUCGAGGACACCAACCUGUGCGCCAUUCACGCCAAGAGAGUGACCAUCAUGCCUAAGGACAUUCAGCUGGCCCGCCGUAUUCGCGGAGAGCGCGCUUAAACCACAAUUCUGUCUAAUGUACACAAAGGCUCUUUUAAGAGCCACCACAUUCUCUCUGGUAAAUGAGCACUUCUUUUUGUUUGUGUGCUUAGUUUGUUGUGUAAACUUCACUUUGUGUGUGUAUAAAUUUUUUUUAUAAAUUUUUUUUUUUAUAUCACAUGUAUGUAAAUGUGAAUCUACUUUAGAGAAAUGAUGUACAGACUGUGUUAGGAAUAUUGUGUUCAGGGAUAAGAAGAGUAAUUGAAAAUAAAUAAAU